AUGAAGUUCCAUCGAAAGCUGGACAGGGUGUUGGAGAACAUCAUUGAACAGUAUCUCAAUGACUACUUACAGAAAUCAGAAGCAUCGUUCUCAGGUGAACUUGGUCAUGAAGAUCUAAUUGAUAUUCUACUGAGAGUUAAGGAUAGCGAUGACCUUCAACUUCCAAUAACAAAAAACAACAUCAACACUGUGAUGCUGCCUCAGGUGAUGGCCAGACUCCUACAUGAGAUCAGGACAGCUCUCAGGGAAAAGGGAAGAAUUGAAGAGGCCAACAUCGAAGAAUUGGGGUACCUAACAUCAGUGGUUAAAGAAAUUCUUAGAAAUCCAUCUCUGAAAACUGUAGAUGAUUUUGCUUCAACCAUUAAUUCUAGUGAUAAAGUUAAUGCAGUUAGAACGAGAUAUGACCUUCCCGUAGAGUUAGAUAUGAGAGCCCCCAUAGUUGGAGUGGGAGUGGAUGUUGCUUGUCCUACGGAUGAGGCACCUGGGGGUUUCUGGUCCAACUUAUGCAUCCUCAAUGGUUGCUGCAAGUUGUUCUCUACGUCUGUGUGCAGGAAGGUCACCCCUGCCCUUUUGCACAACAUGGUGACCAUAACUGGGAAAUACCAGCUCUUCACCUUUGGAUCAGUGAUGCAUCGGGUGAGUUGCUCUCAGAUGACUGAGGCUGCAUCAAAUGAUGGCCCUGAUAGCCUCUGUGCUGCAAUUGACGCUGAUGCCUCUGACGAAUACUCCAUCUCUGGGGGCAGUGUGGAAGUUGCCAUAAAAUUCUUGCACAAUCUGGAUCCUUGGCUUGACAAGUGGGUUGGAAAAGGUCUCCCAGCCAUGGCGCUUGAUGUAGGCAAAAGCUGCGCCGUCUUCACCGAUUCCCCUUUCUGUAAUGAAUUUUCGCCUUAUGUGCUUCAAAAAGAAAUCCCAACCCUUCUUCCUUGGAAACAACCUGGCUCCCACUCAUUUGUGAUGGCAUUGAGGGCUUGUUCUUGCAACGCCCUUGGUGGUUGUGGAGGUGGCGGUGGGGUAGGUUCUCUGGCAGGGGACGAUGGUGGAGUAGGCAUUCUUUGCCGUUCAGGGGAGGGUGAGGAUGAGGAGGAUGAUAUCCUUCUUCUUGUGUUGGAGGCGUUUUUGCGGGCAGCAGCCUUCCUCCUUGCCGGCGGCAUCUUUUACAAACCCUAA